CCAACGUCGCUGCUGUAUCUCCCCACGUGGCACCCUUGCAUUGCAUAUCCCUGCCCCGCCGUGGGGUAGCUCUAGUACCUACUCAAUACCUAGCUAUACAUUGACCUUUACCUUCAUUUCUCAUUCCAUCUUCCAAACCUCAACACCAGCUCGACAUCCACUCACCAUGGCCGACCUCAAUCUCCGCGAGAUCCACGACUUCCUAAUCUCCAUCGCCAAACAAGCAGGCACCCGCAUCGUCUCCGCAACCCCCAGCACCGAAGCCGCCGGCUCAAAGAAGAACUCCGUCGACCUAGUAACCGAAACCGACCGCGCAGUCGAAUCCCUCAUCUCCACCUCCCUCCGCGAGAAAUACCCCUCAAUCGCCUUCAUGGGCGAGGAAACCUACCAGCCAGGCGACACGCUCACCGACGCCCCAAUAUUCAUAUGCGACCCCAUCGACGGCACGACGAACUUCGUGCACCGCUACCCGUACGUGAGCAUCUCGCUGGGGCUGGCCGUCGACAGGCAGCCUGCGGUCGGCGUCGUGUAUAAUCCGUUUACGCAGACGUUGUACUCUGCUGUUGCGGGUCAGGGCGCGUACUUGAACGAGACGACAAGGUUGCCGCUUAGUCCGCCUGCGCCGCUUGAUACGCUGAGUAGCUGUUUGGUCGCGGUGGAGUGGGGGAGCGAUCGUAGUGGGAAUGACUUUAGGGUUAAGAGCGAUGUGUUUAAGAGGCUGGCUGCGACGAAGGAGGAGGGCGGGGGCAUGGUGCAUGGGUUGCGGUCGUUUGGGAGUGCGGCGCUGAAUCUGUGUGGCGUUGCGAGUGGCGGGUUGGAUAUCUACUGGGAAGCUGGGUGUUGGGCGUGGGAUGUGUGCGCUGGGUGGAUUAUCUUGAAGGAGGCGGGGGGUGUCAUGGUUGAUGCGAAUCCGGGGAAUUGGGAACCGAGGAUUGAUGAGAGGAGGUAUUUUGCUGUGAGAGGGGGGGUGGGUCAGAAGGAGAUUAUUGAGGAGUUUUGGGGGCUGGUGGAUGGGAAGUUCGAGGUGGGUGUUUGA